UUCUUCUUCUUCGGACGACGACUGAAGUUAGUCGAAGUCAACCAUCAAGUUUGUAUUCUUUUGAUUUUGGUGGUUUUCUUUCUUUCCGUUUCCCCCCUUCGCUUUGGCUUUGUAGUUGUAAAUUCAGCUUCCACUCUCUCUGUGCGUUAUGCCAAAGGUUUCUGACUUCUGAGCUCUCAUCUCUACUUCAUGGUUCUCUAAUAACUUGCCGGAUCAUGCUAUAGUUUUUUAUUGAGUGUGUAGAUGCAGCGGAUCUUGAGGUCGCACACGGCCGGGAUCAUCGGUCUCGGCAUAUUUGACAGCGAGGUUCUGCCUUCCUCUCUUGUUGAGAUUGCUCCGAUCCUACGUGUUGCCAAUGAAGUUGAAGAGUACCAUCCCAGGGUUGCUUAUCUUUGCCGAUUUUAUGCCUUUGAGAAAGCUCACCAGUUGGACCCUAGUUCAAGCGGUCGAGGUGUUCGCCAAUUCAAAACUGCACUUCUCCAACGCCUGGAAAAAGAAAAUGAGUUAACUUUGGAGGGCCGAGUAAAAAGUGAUGCUCGCGAGUUGCAAAGCUUUUAUCGGCAUUACUACAAAAAAUAUAUCCAAGCAUUACAAAAUGCUAGUGAUAAAGCCGACCGUGAAUCCAUUAGCAAGGCAUAUCAGACUGCAAAUAUUAUUUUUGAGGUUUUGAAGGCUGUUAACAUGACUCAAGACAUGGAACUUAACCGUGAGAUUUUAGAGGCACAAGACGAAGUUGUGCAGACGAAAAAGAUGUUUGUCCCGUACAAUAUUCUUCCUCUUGAUCCUAAUGGUGCAAAUCAGGCCAUAAUGCAAUUUCCUGAGAUACAAGGUGCUGUAUAUGCUCUUCGUAAUAUCAGGGGUCUUCCAUGGCCUAAGGACUACAAGAAAAAUAAAGAUGCAGACAUUUUGGAUUGGCUUGGGCUGAUGUUUGGCUUUCAGAAAGACAAUGUUGCAAACCAGAGAGAGCAUUUGAUCUUAUUGCUUGCAAAUGUUCACAUUAGAAAAUUUUGGAAGCCUAAUCAGCAGUCAAAGUUGGAUGAGCGUGCAUUGACACAAGUGAUGAAGAAACUUUUCAAGAAUUACAAAAUGUGGUGCAAGUAUUUGGGCCGGAAAAGUAGUCUCUGGUUACCAACCGUAGAACAAAAAGUGCAGCAACGCAAACUUCUGUAUAUGGGUCUGUACCUUCUAAUAUGGGGUGAAGCUGCGAACCUAAGACUCAUGCCAGAAUGCCUUUGCUAUAUAUAUCACCAUAUGGCUUUUGAAUUAUUUCAUAUGCUUACUAUUGAUCCAAUGACGGGGGAGAAUGUCAUGCAAGCAAAUGGGUGUGAAAAGGAGGCUUUCUUAAGAAAAGUUGUUGCUCCUAUUUAUGAUGUGAUUGCCAAGGAAGCUGAAAGGAGCAAAGGAGGAAUCUCAGAGAAUUCAGAAUGGAGGAACUAUGAUGAUUUGAAUGAAUAUUUUUGGUCAGCUGAUUGCUUCCAGUUAGGUUGGCCAAUGCGUGCUGAUGCUGAUUUCUUUUGCGUGCCUUAUAAGCUAGAUUUUGACAAUGAUCAUGAGCUGGCUAACAGAUACCGAUGGAUCGGGAAAGUGAAUUUUGUUGAGAUACGGUCAUUUUGGCAUAUUUUCAGAAGUUUCGACCGCAUGUGGAGUUUUUCCAUUCUGUGUUUACAGGUUAUGAUUGUUGUUGCUUGGAAUGGAUCUGAUGAUUCAUUUGCAGUCUCUUACGGUGAUGCAUUAAGGGUGUUGACUGUAUUUAUAACAGCAGCUAUAUUGAAGCUUGGCCAAGCUGUUCUUGAUAUCAUUCUAUGUUGGAAAGCAAAACAGAAUAUGUCAUUGUAUGUUAAGUUAAGAUACAUUCUCAAAGUUGUUUCAGCUGCAGCUUGGGUGUUUGUUCUGUCGGUUACUUAUGCAUGUACAUGGGAUAAUCCUCCUGGGUUUGCUCAAACCAUCAGAAGCUGGAUUGGAAAUGAAGCGAGUUUUCCUUCAUUGUUUCUUUUGGCCAUUGUUAUUUACUUGUCACCAAAUAUGCUCGCUGCUGUAUUCUUUCUGUUCCCAUCCAUUUACCAGUUCCUUGAGAGGUUGAACUAUAGGAUUGUGAUGCUAAUGAUAUGGUGGUCACAGCCUUGUCUUUAUGUUGGUAGGGCAAUGCAUGAGAGCGCAUUUUCCCGUUUCAAAUACACGAUGUUUUGGGCCCUCGUUAUAGUUACAAAGCUGGCUUUCAGUUACUAUAUAGAGAUAAAACCUCUAGUUGGACCUACGAAAGCUAUGAUCCCAACUUUCCCAAAUGGAUUUUUUCCUCAUGCUAAGAACAAAAAUAUUGGUGCCUGCAUUGCACUUUGGACUCCAAUUACACUGGUAUAUUUCAUGGAUACACAAAUUUGGUAUGCAUUAUUCUCAACCUUAUUUGGUGGUAUAUAUGGUGCUUACCAACGCAUUGGGGAGAUACGGACACUAGAAAUGCUUAGAUCUCGUUUUCAUUUGUUGCCUGGUGCCUUCAAUGCCAAUUUGUUCCCAAAUGAAAAGAAUGAUUCAAGGAAAAAAGGAAUAAAAGCCAUCUUUUCUCGUAGAAUUACUAAGGCUCCAUCUAACAAGGGGAAGGAGGCUGCUAGAUUUGCAAAAUUAUGGAAUCCAAUAAUCACCAGUUUCAGAGAGGAAGAUCUUAUUAGCAAUCGGGAAAUGGACCUUUUGCUUGUACCUUAUAGGGUUGAUCGUGAGUUGGGUUUUAUGCAAUGGCCCCCUUUUCUACUUGCUAACAAGGUCCAAACUGCAGUAAAUAUGGCUAUGGACAGCAGUGUAUAUGGUUCCGAUCUAGGAGAAAGAAUUGAGGCUGACAGUUACAUGUCUUGUGCUGUUCGUGAAUGCUAUGCUUCACUCAAGAGCAUUAUUAAGCACUUGGUUCAAGGGGAACAUGAGAAACAGGCUGUAGAUUUCAUCUUUGCUAAAAUAGAUGGCCAUGCUGAGGCAGGUACUCUGAUAAAUGAAUUCAGAAUGAGUGCUGUUACCCACCUCUACAGCCAGUUUGUUAAGCUAAUAGAAUAUUUGAGGGAGAACAAUAAAAAUGAUAGGGACCAAGUUGUGAUUCUUUUCUUGGACAUGCUGGAGGUGGUGACAAGAGAUCUGAUGAUGGCGGAUGAGCUGGAUCAUAUAGUUAGUUUGGUGCAUUCAGACCUUGAUAUUUGCCAACCAUUUACAUCUGAAGUAGCUCUCAGGUUUCCAGUUGUACAACCCACAGUAGCUUGGAGAGAGAAGAUUGAGCGGCUUUACUUGCUACUUACAACAAAAGAAUCUGCCAUCGAUGUACCAUCUAACUUAGAAGCAAGAAGAAGGAUUUCUUUCUUCUCAAGUUCACUGUUUAUGGACAUACCAAAGGCACCUAAUGUUCACAGCAUGCUUUCAUUCUCGGUUUUAACACCACAUUAUAGAGAAGAAGUUCUCUUCCGUUUACAAGAUUUGGAGGAACCAAAUGAAGAUGGUGUUUCAUUACUUUCCUACUUGCAACAGAUGUUUCCAGAUGAGUGGAAGAACUUUCUUGAGAGAAUUGGGUGUCCUACUGAUGAGGAACUUAAAGAGAGCGAGGAGUUAGAAGAAGAACUUCGUCUCUGGGCAUCCUAUAGAGGCCAAACUUUGACUAGAACUGUAAGAGGCAUGAUGUAUUACAAAAAAGCUUUGGAGCUCCAGGCUUUUCUUGAUAUGUCCAGAGAUGAAGAUUUGAUGAAAGGUAAUGAAGCUAUGGAAAGUCCAUACACAGAAAACUCAGACACAGAAAAUUCAGAUGAUAGCUUAAGGGGGGGAAGGUUAUCAGAGACAGAUUGCCAAGCAGUAGCUGAUAUGAAAUUCACAUGCGUAGUCUCGUGCCAACAAUAUGGUAUUGACAAGAGAUCUGGUUCUCCACUAGCACAGGACAUAUUAAGGCUUAUGAAAAGAUAUCCUUCACUUCGAAUUGCCUAUAUUGAUGAGGUAGAGGAAUCUGGCAACGACAGACAAAAAAAGAACAUCAAGGUUUACUACUCUUGUUUGGUGAAGGUUUCUGACCCACAUCGAGCUCUGCUUCUGGACCAGGUCAUAUAUAAAAUAAAGCUUCCUGGACCAGCUAUCUUAGGUGUGGGUAAGCCUGAAAAUCAGAAUCAUGCAAUAAUUUUCACACGUGGAGAAGGCUUGCAAACAGUUGAUAUGAACCAGGAUAAUUACAUGGAAGAAGCAUUGAAAAUGAGAAAUCUGUUGCAAGAAUUUCUGAAGAAGCAUGAUGGUUUCCAGUUCCCUAGUAUUCUUGGACUAAGGGAGCAUGUAUUCACAGGAAGUGUUUCUUCCCUUGCACGCUUUGUGGUAAAUCGGGAGACAAGUUUCACAACGAUUGGUCAGAGAUUUCUUGCUAAUCCCCUGAAGGUUCGAUUCCAUUACGGGCAUUCUGAUGUGUUUGAUAGGCUUUUUCACCUUACAAGAGGGGGUGUCAGCAAAGCCUCCAAAGUUGUCAAUUUGAGUGAAGAUAUUUUUGCAGGCUUCAACACUACUCUUCGGGAAGGAAAUGUUACUCAUCAUGAGUACAUACAAGUUGGGAAGGCAAGAGAUGCAGGUCUCAACCAAAUAUCUAUGUUUGAAGCUAAGAUAGCUAGUGGCAAUGGAGAGCAGGCACUAAGCCGGGAUGUAUACCGACUUGGACAUCACUUUGACUUCUUCCGAAUGUUGUCUUGUUAUUUCUCCACAGUUGGAUAUCACUUCAGUGCUCUUAUUACUGUUAUCACUGUAUACGCAUUCCUUUAUGGUCGUCUCUAUCUUGUUCUCAAUGGGGGAGGUUUGAGUGCACGAAAAGCCGUUCAAGACAAUAAGCCUCUUCAAGUGGCUCUUGCUUCUCAAUCAUUAGUUCAAAUUGGAUUUUUAAUGGUUUUGCCCAUGUUUAUGGAAAUUUCCUUGGAGAGAGGCUACCGUGCUGCAGUUAGUGAGUUCAUAUUAAUGCAGUUUCAGUUGGCCCCCAUGUUCUUCAUGUUCUCACUUGGGACAACGAGUCACUACUUUGGAAGGACGUUGCUUCAUGGAGGUGCAAUACCAAUAUAUAGAUCUACGGGUCGAGGGUUUGUAGUUUUUCAUGUCAAUUUUGCUGAAAACUAUAGAUUUUACUCACGCAGCCACUUUGUGAAGGGUAUUGAGCUCUCAAUAGUGCUUGUUGUAUACGAAAUUUUUUGUCAUAAUUAUAGAAGUGAUGUUGGAUAUGUCUUGAUUAACAUAUCAAUGUGGUUUAUGGCGGGAACAUGGCUCUUUGCUCCGUUCCUGUUUAAUCCAUCUGGUUUUGAAUGGCAAAAAAUUGUUGAUGGUUGGAAUGACUGGAAUAUAUGGAUUAGGAACUAUGGAGGUAUUGGAAUACCACCUGAGAAAAGUUGGGAAUCAUGGUGGGAACAGGAACAAGAGCAUCUCCGAUAUUCAGGACUGUGGGGAAUUGUAGUAGAGAUACUGUUAUCAUUGCGUUUUUUUAUCUACCAGUAUGGUCUUGUAUAUCACUUAAAUAUCACCAAAAGGGAAUCAAAUAGUUUUCUGAUAUAUGGCAUUUCAUGGUUGGUGAUAUUUGCAAUAGUUUUUAUCACGAAGAUUUCGUCUGCUUGGAGGCGUAAGUUGAGUGCAAAAUCUCAAUCUUUGAUCCGUAUAAUCAACGGAUUGAUAUUCGUAACGUUUGUGCCAAUUGUCACAUUGAUUGCCCUUCCGCAUAUGUCCAUGCAGGACAUUGUUAUUUUUAUUCUUGCCUUCGUUCCAACUGGUUGGGGGAUGCUACAGAUUGCACAAGCAUUAAAACCACUUGUCCAAGUUGCUGGAUUCUGGGAAUCAGUAAAGACUCUUGCUCGUAACUAUGAAAUGGUGAUGGGUUUGCUUUUGUUCACUCCUGUUGCUUUUCUGUCAUUGUUCCCUUUUAUUUCAGAUUUCCAAACACGUAUGCUUUUCAACCAAUGGUUCAGUGGAGAUUUGCAAAUUCUCAGUACGCUCAGAGGCCGAAGGAAUGCGCGUUACAGUUACAACAAAAGGGAAUAGUUUGAAUACUGAAAGGUACCAGAGGCUCUUUGAGAAUGAGAAAGUAGAGUAGAAAUCAGAGAAUAAGAAAGAGAGAAAUUGAGGGAGAGAUGAAUGAUUUCAUUAUGAAGAUGAGUAAAAAAUGAUCACGGCACACACUUAUUACAUUUUUGCUUAGUAUUUAUACUAGCUUAAGACUCUAGUCAUAGCAAUCACGUGCUUUACUCCUGUAACUAACUCUCAACAGAAUUGCCAGCUCAGCUAAACCGCUAACUGUUAUCAACUGUCAUGAACUAAAACAUCUCUUAACUCUUA